AUGGUUAAGAAAAGCCUUAUGGUCGUAAGUGUUUGUGCUUCAUUAUUUUUUGUAAGUUGCAACUCUGGUAAAGAAAAAAAAGAAGCUCCAGUGGAGUUUAAAGUUACAAGUCCUUUAGUACAGGAUACUUUGAUUGAUAAAAACUAUGUAGCUCAAAUUCGUUCAAUCAAUCAUAUUGAAUUGAGAGCUCAGGAACGUGGUUACAUUCAGAACAUUUAUGUAGAUGAAGGUCAAUUUGUAAAAAAAGGACAAUUAUUAUUUAAAAUAAUGCCUAAUUUAUAUCAAGCAGAUGUAAAUAAAACAAAAGCAGAAGCUAGAUAUGCAGAAAUAGAAUAUAAUAAUACAAAAAGUUUAUCUGAAAAGGAUAUCGUUGCUCCUCAAGAAAUGGCAAUGGCUAAAGCUAAAUUAGAAAAAGCAAGAGCUGAGGUUUCAGAAUCAAGUACACAUCUUCAAUUCACUGAUGUUAGAGCUCCUUUUGAUGGAAUUGUAGGUAGAUUUCAUGUAAGAAAAGGAAGUUUAGUAGAUGAUGGAGACUUAUUAACAGAAUUAUCAGAUAACAGUAAAAUGUGGGUUUACUUCAAUGUUCCAGAAGCAGAGUAUUUAAACCAAAUGAAUCAUAAAAGUGAUGAUGGUUUCUUACAUGUAAAACUUCAGCUAGCGAAUGGAGAAAUGUACAAAAGAGAUGGUAUUGUUGAAACAAUUGAAUCAGAUUUCAAUAAUGAAACUGGUAAUAUUGCAUACAGAGCAACUUUCUUGAAUCCAGAAAAACUUUUACGUUAUGGAGAAACAGGAAAUAUUGUUAUUACAACUCCAUACCCACACGCAAUUAUGAUUCCUCAAAAAGCUACAUUCGAAGAAUUAGAUAAAAAAUAUGUUUAUGUUAUUACUAAAGAUAACGUAGUAAAAUCAAGAGAAGUUACAGUUGCUGCUGAAUUACCUCACAUAUAUAUAAUUUCUAAAGGAUUAGCACAAGGAGAUAGAAUUUUAUUAGAAGGGUUGAGAAUGGUUCAAGAGAAUCAAAAAAUAUCUUCUAAAUUCUUAGAUCCUAAAAAAGUAAUGUCUGAUUUAGAAUUAUAUUCUGAAUAA